AUGGCAGAAAAAAAAAGUUUAAGAAAUGCUAAUCCGAACCAAGCAACUGAAAUGGCGCUUGCUAGGCGAGUAUUCUCGACUUUCACCAUAUCGCUGAAAGCACAUGGAGGUAGCCUAAAGACGGCUUAUAGAGACAUUAUUGGCAAUGAGUAUAAAUUUUUAGAAAAGCAGCAUAGAUCGAUUAAAGAACUCACUCCAUAUGAAUUUUCGCGUGAGGUACUGGAAAAUCUAUCGCAUGGGCACCUUGCGAGUAGCAACAGCGCAGCUCUUCACAACCGGAUCAUAGAAAAUCUGGCCGAGUUUGAUUUUUCCGUAGCAUGCCUUCACGCAAAAGAGCUUUCGAAGUUGAAAGAGAAGCUAAGUGAUAAGAGUCUUAUACGUUUGAUUCAAGGUAAUUCGGGAAGGGUAGAAAGUUCAUGGAGUCUCUUCGAAAAAAACUUGCCGGAGCUGAGAGCGUCUGAUGACGUUUUGCGGGCAGUUUUACAGAAAGUCGUAUAUUUCGAUGCUUGUGAUGUUGAAGACAGGAAGGACUCCAUGACCGUUGUUGAUGUGGCUAGAGCACUGUACAUAUUGGGUCAAAUCCGUGAUACCAAAAAAAUCGCCGAGAAUACAUUAUUGAAAAUUCUAUAUGAAUGCCUCAGAAAGAAUCUGUCUGCUGCAAUACCUUUCGUGAUCUCCAAAUGUCAGAAAGUUCCUAGACCUCCUCAAGAUAUGGAGCUAUCCAGCUUUCAACUUGUGAAAAUGUUUGAGAAUCGAACGUCAGAUUUGUUAGAGACCGACGAGCGGCUUUUCUUGUCAUUCUGGGCAACAAUUGCCAGAAAUGAAUUUAUUGCCAUGUCAGGAGCAGAAAAGAAAGCCAGUCAAGAUCUACAAUGUCAACUUCAUCCUCUUGAUAGGAAUUUGAGGGAAAAGAUAGAGCUAAAUUUUGAUUCCUUUGAUGCGAGACAAGCAUUUAACAGCACUAUAAGGAUGAUACGAGAAGCGAGGAAAGAUGAUUCGAAUUUCGAAAUUGCACAAAGAAUGCUCCGCUAUUUGGGCUCAUUUAAAGGAGACCUCGACCAAACGACAGCGCUGUAUACUUCUUAUGUGCAAUCCCACCCUACUUGGAAACCCCAACUUUCGUUUGAGCUUUUUCUCUCGUUUGUUACCCUAGCUUAUCGACAAAGCGAAGCGAAAUAUUUGGCGCAAGCACUUGACUGUCUAGAUUCUGAAUUAAGGUCAGACAUUCGCGUGCUACGAGCUUUAGUCGUAGCAUAUUCCAAAUUUGAUAUUACCGAAAGUUUGAGCCUUUUCAACAAAAAUAUAUCAGGCACUCGAGAGAAAAGAUUAGGUGACUCUGCGUUAUUCGAAAGCACUUUGCUGGUAGAGGCAUUGGUACUCGCUUAUCUUGCCAACGGCGACAGAGAAUUCGCAAGAGUCAUUUUCGAAGGUAGUGUGAGGGAAAAAGUCUUUACUGGUGAAGCGAAUAUCAAGAAAAUAAAAAGUGUGUUCACUGCUUAUGGCGAUUUGCUUGACGACCCAGAUUUUGAUCUCAGGGUGAAGAACCUCGCCCUUCGAUAUAUUUUGGAGCUGUGA